CAAGCUCUGCAGCCUCCACUCUGCAAAACCGACCAGAAACCCUCUCUGCUCCUCGGCCAGACCUCUGGCGGUGGUCUGGGGAAGGCUCGGCGGGUCGGCACAGGUCAUCUCGGUCGGAACUCCAGUUCUGAGCGUCGGUUGCAGCCCCCCGCCCCCUCCCCGGCUCGGAAGGUUGCGGCGGCAGGCGUCCUGGUGGCGGUGGCUUGCGGCCCAGGGAGGAGCAGCGGCGCCGGGCUUUUGUUGCUCUUGCAGAACCUGUUCAAGAUCUUAAGGCAUAAAGUCAGAACUUUAUGUUGAAUUGUUAUUCAGGAAGGGGGAAGGAGUGUAAUCUUUAGGAGUACAGCACUGGAUAAACGAGGAAUAUUCUUCCAAGGAUGGUCUCCCACCCAGAGUUGAGGAAGCUCUUCUGUUCGGCGGAUGCUGUGUGCUUUGAUGUUGAUAGCACAGUCAUCAGAGAAGAAGGAAUUGAUGAGCUGGCCAAGUUCUGUGGAGUUGAGGAUGCUGUGUCAGAAAUGACGCGGCGAGCCAUGGGUGGAGCAGUGCCUUUCAAGGCUGCCCUCACAGAGCGCUUAGCUCUGAUUCAGCCCUCCAGGGAGCAGGUGCAACGGCUCAUAGCAGAGCACCCCCCUCAUCUGACCCCGGGCAUAAGGGAGCUUGUAAGUCGCCUACAUGAACGAAAUGUUCAAGUUUUUCUUAUAUCCGGUGGCUUUAGAAGCAUUGUAGAGCAUGUCGCCUCGAAGCUCAACAUUCCAUCAACCAAUGUAUUUGCCAAUAGGCUAAAAUUCUACUUUAAUGGUGAAUAUGCAGGUUUUGACGAGUUGCAGCCGACAGCCGAAUCUGGCGGAAAAGGAAAAGUUAUUAAAUUUUUAAAAGAAAAAUUCCAUUUUAAGAAAGUAGUCAUGAUUGGAGACGGAGCCACAGAUAUGGAAGCUUGUCCUCCUGCUGACGUUUUCAUUGGCUUUGGUGGGAAUGUGAUCAGGCAACAAGUAAAGGACAACGCCGAAUGGUACAUCACUGACUUUGUAGAGCUUUUGGGGGCACUGGAAGAAUAAUGCAAAUUUUUAUGUAGUUUAUAACAACUUCAGGUUAAUUUUUUAAAAGUUACACAGUGUAACACUGCUCACAAUGCCUAUUAUAACUUAAUGUUUGGUUCUGCUGAUCUGUACUUCAAGUAAAACCACAAUUAGGGCUCCUAGAAAAUUAUUGUUUUUUUUUUUAAUUUUAAUUCAUGAUUACUUACAUGAAAAGUUUUGUAAUUUGAAUUUUUUAUUUUCCUAGCUGUAUUUUACUUGAAGCCUUUUAAAAGUGAACAAUAAACACCUUUCCUAUUGAAAAUUUGGACAAAGCACACUCUAAAUGAUUAUUUGUUUUCCCUAUAAUAUAUGAAUAAAAAUUUAUCCUUUUGAAGUUUGCA